AAAGAAUUCCUGUUUUUGAGCAAGAUUCAAUGCACUUGCAUGUAUGAUGUAUGUUAUCUCUAUUCUCUCCCCCCACAAUCCCCAAAUUCCUUGUAUAUGAAUCAUGCAUUUCCUUUCUCCUCAUUAAUUAUUAUACUUUUUUAAUUUAACCCAAAAUAUUUUUUUUGGGACCCACUUUUUUCUCUUCCUCAACAUUGACAACAUCUUAAGAUAAAAACACAUCCACAGCAUCAUUUUUUCCAUUGCUUCACCAUUCAUUCAUUCCCCCUUUCAUCUUUUCCUUCUUCCUUCACAACAUUUUUUGCCCUAUUUCAAUAGGGUUUCCUUCUUUAUGCUCUAUUUUUUCAUCUCAUGAAUUUUGCAUAUUUCCAAUUUUCAUUCAUCUUUGUUGUUUUUAUUUCUGGGUUUGUUAAGGAUCUGGGUUUAUUUUCUGGUGGCUUCUUUCACUCAUCAAGUUCACACCUUUUUUGCCUCUUUGAGGUUUUUAUUCAGCUUUCAACAUGUCUCAGAUCGUCAAUUACAGUGAAAAUGAGGAAUUUUACCAUGGGGGAUCCAUAUACUCAAACCCCAAGGAAGCUGGUAGCUUUUUGUCCCUUCGUAUUGUUAACCAUGUGGAUGUUUACUUCCCAAACAAAAGAGCUAGGAUCAAUGCCCCUGUUGGAGGAGACUUUUUAGGGCAAAAAAAGCAGGUUUCUCUUGAUUCCCUCCCAGAUGAGUGUUUGUAUGAGAUCUUCAGGCGUUUGCCGGGAUACCAAGAAAGGAGUUCUUGUGCCAGCGUUUCGAAACGCUGGCUUAUGCUUGUUAGUAGCAUCCCUUGUGAGGAUCUGUGCAAUAAGAAUAAGGUUGCUGCUGAUGAGGGUGAGGAGAUCGACAGCGAUGGGUUUCUUACUAGGAGUUUGGAGGGUAAGAAGGCCACCGAUGUUAGACUUGCUGCUGCGGCUGUGGGAAGUGGUGGUCUUGGUGGAUUAGGUAAGCUGAUGAUCAGGGGAACGAACUCUGUUCGUGGAGUUACUGAUCUUGGUUUGAAGGCUGUUUCUCGAUGCUGCCCUUCUCUUAAGAGUCUUUCCAUCUGGAAUGUUUCGUCCAUCGGAGAUGAAGGUCUCGUUGAGAUUUCUAAUGGAUGUCGUCGCCUUGAGAAACUUGAUCUUUGCAACUGCCCGUCUAUUACCAGCAAGGGUUUGAUCGCAAUCGCCAAGAAUUGUUCCGGCUUGACCUUAUUGAGUAUUGAGGGUUGUCAACUUAUUGGUAAUGAAGGUUUGCAAGCUAUUGGGCAGUUCUGUCCAAACCUCAAAUCUGUUACCAUCAAGGACUGCCCACUUGUUGGUGAUCAGGGUAUCGCAACUUUGAUGUCAUCAGCUUCUUUCGUCCUCACCAAGUUGAAGCUUCAGGGUUUGAAUGUUACUGAUCUUUCCCUUGCAGUGAUCGGUCAUUACGGAAAAGUUGUUUCUGAUCUUUUUUUGGCCAACCUUCAAAAUGUGAAUGAAAAGGGUUUCUGGGUCAUGGGUAAUGCCCAGGGUCUUCAACAUCUAAAGUCAUUCACCAUUUCCUCGUGCCAAGGAGUCACAGACGUUGCAGUCGAAGCUUUGGGAAAAGGCUGUCCCAAUUUGAAGCAGUUCGCUCUGAAGAAGUGCGCUUUCUUGUCCGACAAUGGAUUGAUUUCCUUUGCCAAAGCUGCAAGGUCUCUCGAGAGCCUGCAAUUUAAGGAGUGCCACAGGAUCACCCAAAUCGGGUUUUUUGGUCUUUUAUUGAACUGUGGUCUUAAGUUGAAGGAUGUAACUAUGUCUAGCUGCUUUGGUUUCAAGGACAUGGUGUUGGGAUUCCCCCUCCCGAACAAAUCCGCCCCACUUCGUUCCGUGACAAUCAGCAACUGCCCUGGGCUCGGAGACAUGACCUUGGCUAUGUUGGCAAAGUUGUGCCCUCAAUUGCAAUGUGUAAACUUUAACGGUCUUCCCUCCAUCACCGAUGCCGGUCUUCUAUCCCUUAUCGAGAGUUGUGAUGCUGGUGCCGGUCUUGUCAAGGUGGGUCUCGCGGACUGUGUUAAUGUGACCGACGACAUUGUCAUCGCAUUGGCAAAGUUUCAUGGCGGAACCCUAGAGUUGUUGAACCUUGAAGGUUGUGGUAAGGUUACCGAUACAGGGUUGGUGGCUAUUGCCGAUGAUUGCCUUUUGCUCAAUGAACUCGAUGUUUCUAAGUGCGCUAUCACAGACUUUGGUGUCGCAUCUUUGGCUCGCUCGAAGCAUCUGAGCUUACAGAUCCUCUCUCUUUCCGGGUGCUCGAUGAUCUCCAACAAGUGCUUGCCUUUCUUGGCAAAGUUGGGUCAGUCUCUUAUGGGACUCAACAUUCAAAACUGCAACUCGAUCAGCAGCACCGUCACUGAUAUGCUCGAGGAUCGGCUCUUUAGAUGUGACAUCCUUUCCUAAGCGCAAAACAUUUCGAUGCUCUUCGGAUUAUUUAAGUAGCUUCAGAAGUACAUUAAGUGAAUAGGUUGAGUUCGUAUUUAGUUUUUGGGUCCAUCAGUUUUAAAACAGGCUUGCCUUUUGCCGGAGACAUGGGUCUUUUUCCAGGAAGAAACGACCGAUUACACCCCUUUUUUGCAGGUUUCCUCAAGACAGGAAAUCUGUUUCAAGAAUUCGGGCUCUUUUUUGGUGCCAGAUUCUUAUCGGUCGUAGAUGCCUGAGAAUACUGUUAACUGCUUUCCGGGUUCAAUUGUCUAGCCUUCGUCUAAUCUUUUGCUGGGUUUUGGACCUUCAUUGAAAAACAAAAAAAAAUUGAAAAACGAAAAACGAAAAAAAAAAGUUUUAGCUUGGCUUCGGGGCUGAGUUCUCGUGUCAGUCAUCAGUGUUUGUUUUUUAGUCUUUGUGUCGGUUUUUACCAAGUCGUCCGGAGUGUUGUUGGUCGGCAUUUGUUGGUUCAUCGUUCUACCGUUGCUUUUGAAAGUUCAAAGUAUGGUGUUCUUGUUUUGUCAUGGGCUUUGGCCGUGGCAGCACGAUCUAGAUCGAGCUGCCAUUACAAUCUCUAACCUCUCGAAUGGGGUGGGAUUGUUUUUUCAUCGAGUUUUGCCAAGCCUCAUUUUUACAAGUGCCUUUUGUAUGAACUUGUACUUUUGCAACGGCUUUUUAAUGUAAUAGAAGAUUAUCGAUAUUAUGUUAAUCUCUUUUCUAUUG